UACAUAGUUUGCAUACUCUUAAGCCUCGAAGACUCGACCUGUAAAAUCACUAAAACGUUCUACUUUCCCUCUCAAAGGUUUCAUAAAGCUCCCACCUUUCCACCACUUAGGGCUCCUCCUUGUUCAAUCCCCAAUUCAAUUGGGCCUUUCUCGAUGGCGGCGAAUUUAACGGCGGGGGCGAUUGGGAAGAUGCUGAACGGAGAAGUGACGGAGAAAGAAAUGACGCCGAUUGUGCAAGUGACGGAGUUGAAGCUGAUUCAACAAGCCCGGAAAAACCAGGAGAGCAUGGAAAGGUACAAGCUUUCGUUAUCCGAUGGGUUCCAAUCGCAAGAAGGGAUACUUAAUAAUACUUUGAACCUUCUCGUGACGCAAGGGAAGAUUCAAAUCGGGUCGGUCUUAAGACUCACUCAUUUCGUCACUAACAGCGUUCAGACUCGAAGGAUUGUUAUUGUGAUGGAACUAGAGAUUAUUGCCGAGCAAUGCAAUAUCAUUGGAAACCCUCUUCCUGCCCACCCGGGCAAGCCUAGAAACUCUGAUCAGACACAACAACAACCUGGAGCUGUUUCUGUUAACACCCAAAGCAAUGGUCGCUUUGAGCAGCAGCAACAGGCUACAAGGAGUGAACUGAAUGGUGCUGUGAGACAUGGUUCUGCUCAACAACAUCAAGUUGGUGAGAGACGAGCGUUUGGUACUGCUUCUGAGUUUCCUGAAACAACAACACCUUCCGCUAGACCAUUUGCGAGCUCUAAUGCUGCUUACGGAAGCUCUAGGCAGGUGCAAACUAGGCCCUCUCCAAGCCCACCAGUUCAGUCUGGUUAUCAGGCCCAACCACCAUCGAUGUAUGCUAACAUGGGACCAGUGGCUAGGAACGAAGCUCCUCCCACGGUAGUUCCUAUUUCUGCUCUGAAUCCUUACCAGAAUCGGUGGACCAUCAAGGUGAGAGUCACGAGUAAAGGAGAGCUCAGGCGUUUCAACAGCACCCGUGGGGGGGAAGGGAAGGUGUUCAGUUUUGAUCUAGUUGAUGCUGCUGGUGGAGAGAUUCGGGUGACUUGUUUUAAUGAUGUGGUUGAUAUGUUCUUUGACAUGAUUGUUGUCGGUAAUGUUUACCUCAUCACAAAGGGGAGUUUGAAGCCUGCUCGUAAAGAGUAUAAUCAUCUUCCCAAUGAUUAUGAAAUACAUUUAGACAAUGCUUCAACGAUACAGCAAUGCUAUGAGGAUGAUGCUGCCAUUCCGCGGAAUCAGUUCCAUUUUAAGGACAUAAGUGCUAUUGAAAGCAUGGAGAGCAACAGCAUCACUGAUGUUAUUGGCAUUGUGUCUUCCAUCAGCCCGACAGGCUCAAUCAUGCGGAAAAACGGAACCGAGGCGCAGAAAAAAGCGCUUCAGUUGAAGGAUAUGUCAGGCAGAAGCGUGGAGGUAACCAUGUGGGGUAAUUUCUGCAACGCAGAAGGACAGAGAUUACAAAGUCUUUGCGAUUCUGGUGUGUUCCCUGUUCUCGCUGUGAAGGCGGGGAGGAUCAGUGAGUUUAACGGGAAGCAAGUGAGCACCAUUGGAUCAAGCCAACUCGUCGUGGAGCCAGACUUACCUGAAGCCAGAGAGCUGAGGGCGUGGUACGAGAGAGAAGGACGUAACGCUCCUUGUAUCUCGAUAUCUAGAGAGUUCUCUGGUGCUGGCAGGCAAGAGGCUCGCAAGGUGAUCACUCAAAUCAAGGACGAGAAUCUAGGGACCUCGGAGAAGCCGGACUGGAUCACAGUCAGUGCCACCAUUUCAUUCAUGAAGGUUGAGAAUUUCUGCUACACGGCUUGUCCUAUCGUGAAUGGAGACCGUCCGUGCAGCAAAAAGGUCACCAAUAACGGAGACGGGACUUGGCGGUGCGAGAAAUGCGACAAGUGCGUGGAUGAGUGUGACUACAGGUAUAUAUUGCAGCUGCAGUUACAGGACCAUACGGGAGUGACGUGGGCCACAGCGUUUCAGGAGGCUGGUGAGGAGAUAAUGGGAAUGCCUGCGAAAGAUCUGUAUUAUAUGAAGAAUGAAGAUAGGGAUGAGGAGAAAUUUGAAGAUAUCGUCCGCAAGGCUGCUUUCACCAAGUACAUUUUCAAGCUGAAGGUGAAGGAAGAAACUUUUAGUGACGAAAGCCGUGUGAAAGCAACAGUUGUGAAAGCUGAAAAGCUGGACUAUUCUUCAGACACCAGGUCCCUGCUAGAGGCAAUGAAUAAACUCAGAACGGAAGAUGCAAAUCCUCUCACUGUGAACCCUGAGGGUUCCAACUACAGGUCUGGUGCGUUUAAUUCCGGUAUUGGAACCUCAGGAACCAGAGAGACCUCAUCAGCUGACGUGCCACACAGAGAGUUUGGACUACCUGCAGCAAACCAAGUGAAUCAGUUCGGUAAUCAACAGAGUAGCGAGUCAAGACCCCUUGGUGGUGUUACUUUAUGUGAUGCGUGUGGGAGCAAUGCUCAUGUUUUUGCCAACUGCCCAAGCUUUCUGAGUGAGCCACAAGGACAACACAUGAAUAGCGCUUACGGGAACACACCGGGAAGAAACGCUGGUGGAGGCAUGCCAAGGCAACAUGUUGGCAGCUACUGAAAGACUUUUAGUAUUUCACAUCAUAAUCAUCAUCUCUUUGCAUUUAUAUAUUCGGUCAGAUGCUUCUGACCGUUUUAAGUUUACUUCUCUGUAUGUUUUAAGUUUUCUCUCUGUUCUUUUUUACAUUGGAAACAAAAGAUGAUGGUGCUUUGUAUCAUUCUCUUUACUCUGAAUAAAGUAAACUUCUGUGAUCA